CCAUAGAUCGUACUUCCGGUCGUACGUUGUUUAGGUCGAGCUGUUGAGGUAGACAGGAAAGCUAUGCUGAGGAAAAAAUAAUUUAAAAUCGUAUUUAGGGGCGCUUUGAACGUGGGAUUACGAUUUAUUUAAUGAUGACAGAUAACUUUAGUUUUUGUUACCAAAAUGUUGUGAGAAAAUGCAAUAAUUUUUUCAUGAAAGGCUCAUCAUGGGAGGAGUGCUUAGGACUUUAUGUGGAGAAAGUGCAGGUGGGAGUUGUACGUAAGGAUAUAGUCGAGAAGCUUGUGCAGUUCCCUGAUAUAUUUGAGGUUGUGAAGGCUGACAGUGAAGGGAAUGAAAAACCACCUGGUGUCUACCUGUCACAAUACUUGCUGCUACCUGAAGACAGAACAAAAGCACUGGAUCAUGUAAUGAGAGUACUCAGGCAACAAGAUGAACUAGUUGCUCUGAGAGGAUGGCGAGAUGAGAUGUACAACGUUAUGAGGACAUUUUCAGGCCGACCCUACUUUCAGGUGGAGCGAGCUGCAUCAUCUUUGAUUGGUGUGAUGACAUAUGGGGUGCACAUCAAUGGCUAUACAUACAGUCCAGAUGGAAAGCUGAUGAUGUGGAUUGGUCAUAGGUCCAAAAGCAAACCUACGUACCCGGACAUGUAUGACAACAUGAGUGCUGGCGGGUUGACAGCAGGCCUGUCAGUGAUGGAGUGUGCAUUAAAAGAAUGCUCAGAAGAAGCAGCAGUGCCAGAUGAGCACCUAAAACACCUGAAACAAGUUGGACUUGUUAGUUGCUGUUAUGAGAAUGAAAAAGGAGUGUUUCCGGAGAACUUGUUUGUCUUUGAUCUUGAGUUGCCUGCAGAUUUCAAACCAGUGAACAGAGAUGGUGAGAUGGACACUUUCUACCUCCUGCCACUGGACAAGGUCAAAGAACUGAUCAUUGGGGAUGGCUUCAAACCCAACUGUGCAUUAGUCAUACUUGACUUUUUUAUUCGACAUGGCAUCAUUACUGCAGACUCUGAGCCUAACUACUGCUUAUUAGUUGAGCAGCUUCACGUUCCUCUGCAGACCAUUUUUUCCAAAUUUGACAAGCAUCAGUUCUGUAUACCAACAUAAGUUUUACAUUUGUAGUAUUUGUUGCACUUGCUGCUUCUAUGGAGAAAGAAUUCUUGAGUAUGGCUGACUUGUAUAAUCAGAGAAAAAGAUGAUAUUAAAACAAAGAAAAAAUGUG